CAUGUACUGUGACUCCUCUUUUGCCGUAGGUUGACCUGAACAAGCUAAUGACGGCUGUGAAUGUAAGCCAUUGUCUGAGCCCCAGCCAUAAGCCUUUCGAGUCGCCCGGUGUGGUGGUGGAGCAGUCCCCCAUGGAGCGCACCAAAGGAUUCUUCACCGACGAAUCAGAGCCGCUGCUGCGCUGUGACUCCACUUCCAGCAAGGACUCUGCCCUCAGCCGGACAGGCUCUUUCAUAACCAAAGAGAAAAAGGACACAGUGCUGCGGCAGGUGCGUCUGGACCCCUGUGACCUGCAGCCCAUCUUUGACGAGAUGUUGCACAUUCUCAACCCUGAGGAGCUCCAUGUUAUUGAGGAGAUUCCGAUGGCGGAGGACAAGCUGGACCGCUUGUUCGAGAUAGCAGGGGUGAAGAGUCAAGAAGCAAGCCAGACGCUGCUCGACUCAGUCUACAGUCACUUGCCUGACCUUCUUUAGAUCUUUACAACAUCUCACUAUUGUCAGCUACAGAAACAACGCGACGGACACACAGAUGUGCGCUCACUCUGUUCCAUUGUGUCAUUUGGUGACAUGCACGUAAUAUUAAAACCUCUGGAAUGCUCAGACAGGAGUUUCUCUGCAAUCGAAGCCGCUCCUUGCGCUAGAAUUCACAGAGCGUGGAUGAAGCGUUCUCUUGUUUGUGAGCUCUUGACUGGAUACAGCUGGUGUCAGUGCUAUAACCUCUCUAACUUGCAGCAUUUUCUUGCACACACCUCAGCAUGAUGUCUAACUCAAAGCUAUAUGAUGUCAUUUAUGAACCGUUUUUGUAAAUUGUUAAAUCAAGCAUUUAGUCCUUUGAUGUUAUGUUAAAAUGUGUGUUUUUUUGUAUUACUACUUACAGAUUAACGCAUCCUAAUCAGCAAGGUAUUUUUGUUCCCUUUGUUUGUCUUUUUUAUGUUCUCAAGUAUUACCACUGUAGCUUUUUUAGAUACUAAUUUUGUGUUUUAUGUGAUUUCAAGGGCAUUGAAAAUCAUUCCAACUGGUUAUGAUACAAAUCAUGACUGUGGAUUAUGUGCAUUCACUAUACAACUCUCAAAAUAAGCUCCAUUCCCAUGUGCUUUUCCAAUAAAAGAGGACAAAAAGCAAGUAUGAUCGCUAAGUAAUUUCACAAAGGCUAGAGUACCACCAAGAGUCUAUUUCACAUUUAAAUGUAGCAUUUCAGUAUUGAUAUUGCAGAUGAUGAUAUGUAGUACAGAGAGAAUGUCUCUGUUGAACUCUUAAAUCAAGUCACUCUGGUGCUAGAUGUGAAACUAUGGGAUAGUGGUCGAUUUUAUCCCAAUAACAGGGUGUUUAUGGUCAUUUGACCACUGAACUUUAAAAAAAUAAA